AUGUCAGUAAGAAAUGCUGCGGCACUGAUGGAGCAUUUCCAGCUCUUGGAUGUUCAUCGAAAGAAUUAUCUGAAUGAUCUGCAGUUUUAUUGCUUUCUCUGUUAUGUGACCGACCUGAAUAAGGACAAGAUCAUGCUGCUGUUUGACUUGCUGGACCGAAAUGUGAGGGGAAGGAUUUGCUUUAAUGAGUUCUACACAGUGGUGUACACCCUCCUGUCCCAUGAGGUGCAGGACGCGCUGAUGCCCUUCUUCAGCCUCCCCGGCAUCACCUACAACCCAGGCUGGGGAGGGACCGGUGCCCUUUCAGGGAAAAGCAGCGAGGACAGCAGGCUGCGGCGAGGGAGAGAGGCGAAUGAUCUUGAAAAGCAGUUCAUCCCCCGGCACGCGGGACGUGCUUUUCAACUGCUGGAUGUAGACAGGGAUAAUAUGAUUGAUUUUAAUGAGUUUGAAGCCAAAAGGUUUCUCUUCAACAUCCAGAAAGAAGUUAAGAAGAUAUUCAAGGACAUUGGUAUUUCUGGAGAUGAGCAACUGAACUACAGGGAAUUCAAGAUAUUUGCAGUCUUCUGCAUUGACAAACAACAAAAAGAGGAAGGGGAUCAUGAAUAG